CGCCACCGCCUCCUCGCCGGGGGCCGGCCGGGGCGGGGCGGAGGGGGGAGACCGCGAGGGGGGCGGGCGGGGAGGGGGCUGCGCGCCGUGGGAGGGACCGAGCGAGCGAGCGGGGCAUUUUUGCGCAGCUCGAGCGCGCCUCGGAGCCCCCCGGGCGGCCGGACGCACCGACCGAGGACAGACAGUGCCUGGAAGCCGCGCCGCCGCCGCCAGGUACCUGACUGACGUCCUUCCCCCCAGGGAGCUGGUGUGGACGGAGGAGGGUGUGUAGAAAGAGACAAUUCCAGUUAACGGAACGUGUUGUAUAUUCCAAGGCUCUGGACCAGGGCUAGGCCACCUUUAAAAGUGGUAUAAGGCGUGCUGGUCACCAUGACAACAGAGACAGGCCCCGAUUCUGAGGUGAAGAAGGCUCAGGAGGAGGCUCCACAGCAGCCUGAGGCAGCCGCUGACGCGACCACCCCUGUGACCCCCGCAGGCCACGGCCACCCUGAGGCCAACUCCAAUGAGAAGCAUCUGCUCCAGCAGGACACACGGCCUGCUGAACAGAGCCUAGACAUGGAGGAGAAGGACUACGGUGAGGCCGACGGCCUGUCAGAGAGGACCACGCCCAGCAAGGCCCAGAAAUCGCCCCAGAAGAUUGCCAAGAAAUACAAGAGUGCCAUCUGCCGAGUCACUCUGCUCGAUGCCUCUGAGUAUGAGUGUGAGGUGGAGAAACAUGGCCGGGGCCAGGUGCUAUUUGACCUGGUCUGUGAGCACCUCAACCUCCUGGAGAAGGACUACUUUGGCCUGACCUUCUGUGAUGCUGACAGCCAGAAGAACUGGCUGGACCCCUCCAAGGAAAUCAAGAAGCAGAUUCGGAGCAGCCCCUGGAAUUUUGCCUUCACAGUCAAGUUCUACCCCCCUGACCCUGCUCAGCUGACCGAAGACAUCACAAGAUACUACCUGUGCCUGCAGCUGCGGGCGGACAUCAUCACGGGCCGGCUGCCCUGCUCCUUCGUCACGCAUGCCCUGCUGGGCUCCUACGCUGUGCAGGCUGAGCUGGGCGACUAUGAUGCUGAGGAGCAUGUGGGCAACUAUGUCAGUGAGCUCCGCUUCGCCCCUAACCAGACCCGGGAGCUGGAGGAGAGGAUCAUGGAGCUGCACAAGACGUAUAGGGGCAUGACCCCAGGAGAAGCAGAAAUCCACUUCCUAGAGAAUGCGAAGAAGCUUUCCAUGUAUGGAGUAGACCUGCACCAUGCCAAGGACUCUGAGGGCAUCGACAUCAUGUUAGGAGUCUGUGCCAAUGGCCUGCUUAUCUACCGGGACCGGCUGAGAAUCAACCGCUUCGCCUGGCCCAAGAUUCUCAAGAUCUCCUACAAGAGGAGUAACUUUUAUAUCAAGAUCCGGCCUGGGGAGUAUGAGCAGUUUGAGAGCACAAUUGGCUUUAAACUCCCAAACCACCGGUCAGCCAAGAGACUGUGGAAGGUGUGCAUCGAGCACCACACGUUCUUCCGGCUGGUGUCCCCUGAGCCCCCACCCAAGGGCUUCCUGGUGAUGGGCUCCAAGUUCCGGUAUAGUGGGAGGACCCAGGCACAGACCCGCCAGGCCAGCGCCCUCAUUGAUCGACCUGCACCCUUCUUUGAGCGUUCCUCCAGCAAACGGUACACCAUGUCCCGCAGCCUUGAUGGAGCAGAGUUCUCCCGUCCAGCCUCAGUCAGUGAGAACCAUGACGCAGGACCUGACAGUGACAAGCGGGAAGAGGAUGGCGAGUCUGGGGGGCGGCGGUCAGAGGCCGAGGAGGGAGAGCUGAGGACCCCCACCAAGAUCAAGGAGCUAAAGUUCUUAGACAAGCCAGAGGAUGUCUUGCUGAAGCACCAGGCCAGCAUCAACGAGCUCAAGAGGACCCUGAAGGAACCCAACAGCAAACUGAUCCACCGGGAUCGAGACUGGGAGCGGGAGCGCAGGCUGCCCUCCUCACCCGCCUCCCCCUCCCCCAAGGGCACCCCUGAGAAAGCCAAUGAGAGAGCAGGGCUGAGGGAGGGCUCAGAGGAGAAAGUCAAACCACCACGUCCCAAGGCCCCAGAGAGUGACACAGGAGAUGAGGACCAAGACCAGGAGAGGGACGCAGUGUUCCUGAAGGACAACCACCUGGCCAUUGAGCGCAAGUGCUCCAGCAUCACAGUCAGCUCCACGUCCAGCCUGGAGGCUGAGGUCGACUUCACAGUCAUUGGUGACUACCAUGGCAGCGCCUUCGAAGACUUCUCCCGCAGCCUGCCUGAGCUCGACCGAGACAAAAGCGACUCGGAACCCGAGGGCCUGGUGUUCUCCCGGGAUCUCAACAAGGGGGGCCCUGGUCAGGAUGACGAGUCAGGGGGCAUCGAGGACAGCCCGGAUCGAGGGGCCUGCUCUACCCUGGAUAUGCCCCAGUUUGAGCCUGUGAAAACGGAAACCAUGACUGUCAGCAGCCUGGCCAUCAGGAAGAAGAUCGAGCCGGAGGCUGUACUGCAGACCAGAGUCAGCACUGUGGACACCAGCCAGGUUGAUGGCACUGCCCCAGGGGGGAAGGAGUUCAUGCCAACCACUCCCUCCAUCACCACGGAGACCAUAUCAACCACCAUGGAGAACAGUGUCAAGUCCGGGAAGGGGGCAGCUGCCAUGAUCCCAGGCCCACAGACGGUGGCCACGGAAAUCCGUUCUCUUUCUCCGAUCAUCGGGAAAGAUGUCCUCACCAGCACCUACAGCGCCACCGCGGAAACCCUCUCCACCUCCACCACCACCCAUGUUACCAAAACUGUGAAAGGAGGGUUUUCUGAGACAAGGAUUGAGAAGCGAAUCAUCAUUACUGGGGACGAAGAUGUUGAUCAAGACCAGGCCCUGGCUUUGGCCAUCAAGGAGGCCAAACUGCAGCAUCCUGACAUGCUGGUAACCAAAGCUGUCGUAUACAGAGAAACAGACCCAUCCCCAGAGGAGAGGGACAAGAAGCCACAGGAAUCCUGACCUCUGUGAAGAGAUGCUGGCAUUUCUGGUCCAACCCAAGCCAGAGAACCAUUAAGAAGGGGCCUUCAUUCUGAAUUCUCCGACUCAACACCGACGUCCCAGCUGCGACAUACUGUCACUGAUGAGAGACUGGGAAAGGAAAAGCAUAUAUAUAUAUAGAUAUAUAUAGAUAUAGAUAUAUAUACAGGAAACACCGCGUCCUUGCACUGCUGCUGGGGCUGGCCGAGCAUUUGGCUGACAGCAACAACCAACAUCUGAACACCUACAUUUCCUUUGCAGACAAAUUGAAGAAUUGGUGGGAUUUUUCAGGAAAAAAAAAAGUAUAACGACAAUAAUCCUUUGCUCCCCCCUUUGAAGCCCUGCAGAACAACGAGAACAAGCCAGACCGCGAUGAUUGUAGAAGUACCAUGAGACCUUGGUUCUGCACGUUACAUUUAGUUGGAUGAGCAUUCCAUUUGUUCUUCUCCAGCAUCUGUUGCCCACUCGAAUGCAAAGGAAAACACUUUUGCAGCAAAGCAAGAGAAGUCGCAGCAGUAAAACACACACCGUCAACCGUUUUCCGAGAAAGAAAGAAAAUUCCCCACUUGGAAAGGAGGAGGAGGAACACUGGAUUAUUAUUUUUUGGGUCUUGACACUGGGCUGCAAAAUCCACCUUCCUUCCUUCCGCCUCUCCUCCCCCUUGACUCUCACACGUCUUGUCAUUUUCUGUCUCGGUUCCCUCUUCCCUCUCCUGCACCCCACACUCCUUACCCUCUGUAUCCUGGCCCUGCUGAGGGCCACUGCAGAUGACUGUCAUUUGAAACGAGAAAGAGAAAAGAAAACGAGAACAGAAAAGCAAGCCACAGGAAGGGAAGUAGACAUUGUAUGUUUAUGGGUUCUCAUGAUGAAGGUGCAGCUUGUAGGAGAUUUGUAUGGAUGUGCUUUUAAGUUAUGUAUAUUACAUAUAACAGGAAACAAAUAUUGAAAUAAACAGUGCUGGUAAGUAUGAAGCUGACAUUUUAAAAUUAUAACUAUCUGACUGUGAUUGAUGUAUCCCAAGGUUUCUAGAUCUCACUGAACCGACCCAGCCAAGGAGACCAGGACUCUGGCUGUGGGUGGCUCACAGUAGGAGCUGACAGUUCAGUGUAGUAAUACAGUGUGUGGUGUUUGUAAUUGGUUGAUUGGUGGGGAGGGGUGGGGACCCCCCAUGCAGAGGCAGGGGUUUGGCAAGAAGGAAGCAACACAGAUGUAGUCUGAGAUGCCUUCUCCCCCUGGGCAGUAGCAACCAGGGCCUGGUCUGUGCUCAGACAUGGGGUCCAGAGUAGGAUUCUGCUGCAGAAAUCCCCUGACUCAGUCCCCCUUCCUCCCUAGGGGACUCGCCUCAUUCUCUUUUUUUGCCACGUCUUGCCUUUCCCUGACUGCAUUGUGACAACUAACUUCCAAUCCGAAGGGAGCUGACACCCCUGGCUGCCGUAGAGGAUGGUGGAUUUAACCUGGCUGUCCGAAAAUUCCUAGCUGUCUUUUCCUUUACUUCCCGUAUUCUGUCUGAAUCAUUCUCUUCUUCCUGGGCCAAAGCAGCCAUGGUAGAGACGGUGAACACAGGGCAGGCCCUGAUAGGUCAGAACUGUAUUCCCAAAGGCUUUGCCUUUCCCAGAACAAGCUAAGGGUGUAAGGUAGUGUUGCUCAGUCUCCAUCUAUGUAUAAGACCCUCGCUUUGGAGACCUCCCCUUCAGUCAGCAUCCAAGCCUGUGCCCUCAGAGUCCCAGAAAUUGCCUCAAGACCACAGAAGCCCUUGGAGAAGACCCCAACAAAAGCUUGGCAUUGACCUCUGGCACACAUGGGCUUCCCUGCCACAAGCCACUUCCCUGAGCUCAGUGAGUCCCUUUCUGAGGGAGUUUGGCCCCACUGCACUUUAAUUUCUCAGUUCUGUCUCACCUCCCUAGGCCUGCUUCUAAAGCAGUCAAUAAAUUCAUUCAACAAAUGUUUAUUGAGUACCUACUUGUAGCAGUCACUAUUCUUGGGCUGAAGAGAGAGUGUGAGGGGUGGGGAGGGACCUGGGAAGUCCCCUGAGCCAGCCUUACAUCUCCAAUCACGGCUGGCCCCUCUGAGAGCAUUUCCAUAUUCUCUCCAAUGUAUUGGACGUUGCCCAGGGAUGCCUCCCAGACGGCCCCAGCUUGCAUAUCAGUUACCCUAGGGAUGUAUAUGCUUAGCUGGCUGACCUGAGGCAGGACAAGAAACCAGAAAAGUGUUUGCCUCUGUGGGCAAAAAUGGAAUGGAGAGCGGGCAGAAACAGCCCUGCACCUGGGGCUCAGCUGGCACAGUCAGCCACAACCCCUGGAGCAGGCUGCUGGCCCACUCCAACUUCCCCUGAGUGUGACAGCACGCUUUCACGCACCAGGUUUCUUUUACAACCCUGGUAGAGAAGCCACAAAACCUCUUUCCUGCCCUUCUCAACUUGAGAGCCCCAUUCUUUCUGGGCCAAGAGCUGAAGUGGAUCCACCCGCUCUGGCCCCCAGAAAUUUGUCUCAGGCACCCCUGUCCUUGCAGGAACCAGGUGUCCUGAGCACACUGGAUGCACCUCAGAGAAUAUUUGUUCUGGGUUCUGCACCUGCCUACAGACCCUGGGUGUGUGGCCCCAGGGCAGGGAUGAAGCGACCAGGCUUAGCUUGUGGGCCAGGAUUUGUGCAGAUCUCCAUCCCACGGGUGCUCUGACCUUCCUUCCAUAGAGAGGCAGGCAGUGCCACCAGGGAGGAGGGGAGCUGCAACUGAAAUCUAGGGCACUGUUUCCUCCCCAUCCUCCUCUUCAUAGAGAAUAUAGAAGUUUGUCUUCUCUGUCUUCAACCUACUUUUCCUUUUUUACAUUUCUCGUCCUUUCUGUGCCACCUCUCCACCCAGGAGACCAUGUAGCAUAGUGGAAAAAUUCCUGGAGGGCAGUCAAGAAUUCUGGGUGGCCAUCCUGGCUCAGCCCCUAACAUACCAUGUGACAUUGGGCUAGUCUCAUCCCCCCUUUUGGGCCUCAGUUUCCCCACUUGCAAAAUGAACAGGAUAAAGCAGAUGCUCUCCAGGGUCUUUUUCCACUCUGCCAUCCUACAGAUCUUCGUUUUCUCUUAUUUUGCUUUCUUGGGAUCUUUUCCAUCUGAGGGUACAGGAAGUGCCAGGACCUGUUUCAGUUUUUGAAUCUUGCAAGCACAUUCCAAGACUGGCCUGAAAUUGCAUGAGCAACAUCACUCUAAAUAAUUUUUUUUUCAAAAGCACCUUACCAACCAACUGCGAUGCUGUCCUGUUCCUUUUUACUCACACCCCUCUCUCCUCUCUGGUCCCCACGCUCCCCCACCUCAGUGCUCUGUGCUGUAUGCGUGUGCUCUCUGUUCUUGUAUACUCAAUAAAAGUGAAAUAAAUGUGUUUGAUGCUGAACCACAAA